GAUCGUGCUGCCCAUGUUGCCGGCUGGACAGGAUUUCUCUGGUUAACUCUGGAAAACAAAUUUUCCUCCUCUUCGCUCAACAAACCGGAUAAAAAAGCCUUUUUACCACAACAACAGAUGAUUUUACCAUGUCAUCACCACAGCAAAUGGAUGAAAUGAGAGUAAGAAGAGGAAUUGUGAUCAAAGAUGACUGGCCUGGGUACAACCUGGAUCUGUUCACCUACCCUGAACAUUACCACGACGACAUUGAGAACGUCUACAUUCCCCACGGAGUCAUCAUGAACCGGAUAGAGCGCCUGGCCCGGUACGUCAUGGAGGACUUUGAGGACAGUAAGAUCAUGGUGCUGUGCGUCCUGAAGGGAGGAUACAAGUUCUGUGCAGAUCUGGUGGAGUUCAUCAAGGUUCUGGGAUGCAGCUCCAACCGGUACCUGGAGACCCGGGUGGAGUUUAUCCGCCUGAAGAGCUACCUGAACGACCAAUCAACAGAGGACCUUCACAUCAUUGGAAGCAGUGAUCUGUCUUUUCUGCGUGGAAAGAGUGUGCUCGUUGUUGAGGCCAUCGUCGACACAGGAAAGACCAUGAAGGCUCUUCUGAAGCAUGUGGAGACCUUUGAGCCCAAAAUGGUCAAGGUCGCGGGUCUGCUGGUGAAGAGGCUCUCUAACAUGACUGAAAGUCUGACAGACUAUGUUGGAUUUGAAAUCCCCAAUCGAUUCGUGGUCGGCUACGCCUUGGACUACAACGAGUACUUCCGUGACCUGAACCAUAUCUGCGUCAUCAGCAAAACGGGAAAGAUGAAGUACAAGAUUUAGAGAAUUAAAGCCAUUAAUUAUGCACUGUUAUAAAUAUAUUAGCCGUUUUCAGCACUGUUGCUAUGUUUAACUUUAAUGAUUAACAUUAUUAUUAUUAAUAUUUUUUUUUACAUAUUUCCAUGUGGUUCAGAUAAAUUGUAUUUGUAAUAUGAUUAUAUAUAUUGACUUUCUUUUUGUUUGUUUUCUUGUCACUAGGCCUGUCACAAAAAAAAAAAAUUGCUGGAUGAUAAAUUGUCCCUGAAGUUCAUGCGAUAAACGAUAAUAUUGUUUGAAGAUCAUUAAAAUUUUUAGGUUAAUGUCAUAAUAAUGAAAUAACACAUUCUGAAAGAUCAGUGCAUAUUUUACUCUGUAACUGGAAGAUAUUUUAAAUAUUCAAAUUAAUAAACAAAACAGAAGUAACAAA